GCAACCCUCACACCCGAGGAGCCGACGAAGGUUGAUUCACCGCAACACCUAAUCAGAUGGCGCAGUUUAUAGCCGGUGUUUAAUUAUCUCUUAAAUGAACUAAUUGGCAGCUUCCGCGUCGGGGGGGUAGGGUCGCCCGGCCCGCUUCCGGAGUGCCACGCUAGGCCCUCCCCGCCGUAGUUGUGCGUUGAUUGCUCCCCAGAUAAGUCUUCGGGAGGAAGUUAAGCGUGUUUGUGCGUAUUUUUUUUUUCCGGAAGAUCGCGCGGGGAUGUGGGGUUUGUGAGAGUGCGAGGAUAUACGCGCGGGAGUUGCAGUCGGCCCGAAGAGCACUGGAGAAAGACACGCGGUGGAGAAUCAAGAUGUUGAAACACGUCGGGCAUCACAGGACGUCUUCCUCGACGAUCAAAUCCCCUUGCACACUUCCCUCUGAAGAGAGGUCCCCCUACAAAUCUCCUUCUGUUGCAAACGCCAACGAUGAUAGCUUCACGUGCAACAGGACGAGAUGUGGAGCCGAGAGUACGCCCUCGGGAUCGCCUCAUCCUUGUUCCAGAAUGCUAUAUUCCAAGGAUAACCUGUCGAGCGGGACCCCUUCGAGAGAGAGUUCGCCCUCGAGCUCCCCUUCGUUUUCUCGACUUCGGGUUUUGGAUGCUUCGUUGAAGUCUCCCUCUCAUCCGGGGGCGCUUGACAGUCCCUCGUCCUCGAAGUCACUUUCUUGCUCUAGGAUUCAGUUUUCCGUGAAUAUAUCACCCUCGAGGACUAGUUCUAGGGUCCAGCUCCCGUCUGAAGACUCGCCCUCAAAGGACUCAUCCUGCUCAGGAACGAAACACCCCAGUCAUCCUUCGGCCUCGAGUUCUCCCUCCCUGUCACCCGUGCCAAGUCGUGUUCCUUUCUCGAAGAACAGUCAAAAGGAUCUCGAUGAUAAAGUAGAACACCAGAGGGACUCAUCUGCUUCCGAGAAUAAUAGACAUCAGGAUUCAUCAAAUUUGAGAACACAAUCUCCCGUGGAAAACUCACUUUCGAAGGUCCCGUCCGCAGAAACCACAACCUCGACCUUGAGACCGCAGCCUACCGGCACCCCACCCUCAGCCCUCAAUACUCCAGCCACAGACAAACCGCCCUUGAGAUCAGAGGCCAACGCGUGCUGCAUUUCCUCGGUGUGCUUCAGAUGGCGUCGAAGUCCCCAGGAGGUCGACGCAUCAUCACCGGAGCUCGCGAGAAAGGCCGACACAGCGGAGACCGAUUCGACGUCGGCGGCCACCUCGAGCUCAGAAGACCCUCAGUGUGCCGAGACUUUUGCUCUGUACGAAGAGGCCGUUGAGAGGCCGAUGACCCUCCCGCGGCGAGCUCACAGGAACUCCGUCGGGAAGGCUUCGAAAGCGCGGCUGUUGAACAAGUCUUAUUGCAAUCUGCACACGCCUUGCAAGCUAUCAUCGUCACAAAGGGAACAGACAAUGAGUCCCGUGAAGGUGUACAUGCGCAACAUGAAGCCCGACAUCAAGUACACGACCAUGAGUCUGUCCUCCUCGACGACGUGCCGCGAACUGGUUGUCAUGCUCCUGGCCAAGUUCCGUCUGCGUCACCGAGAUCCCAACCUGUUCUACGUCAGGAUGGAGGUCGUGGUUCGAAGUCCCGGCGGAGACGCUCCCGCACGACGACUCUUGGUGCUGGACGACCACGCGUGCCCGGCGGAACUGCAGCAGUGUCGUCCCCGCGGGGAGGCUCGCUUCAGCGUGGGCGUCCGGCGUGGCGGGCUGCUGCGCGUGCACGACUCCAUCCUCAUGCCCGGGUCGCAGUACAAGUCGCUGCUGGUGUCGUACCGCACGACGGCGGAGGAGCUGGUGCAGCUGCUCCUCAACUGCUACAGCAGCAAGGAGAACCCCAACAACUACGCGGUGCACGAAGUCAACAAGAACCCGUACAGCGACCGGCCGCUCGAGCCCGACGAGUUCCCGCUGCUGGUGCAGAGCGAGUGGCCCAGAGCCUCCCGCCACAACUACGCCUUCGUCCUGCGCAGAAACAUGUCACGCAACGUCUUCCUCAGAGCGAAGACGACGUGGAGACAUAGCCUAGCCCAGUCAAGCACAGACACGGAGUCCGACCCCGAAGACCACGCAUCCACGAGCGUCAUGAACUCUUUCAAAAACAUCCUCAUGAGAACCGCGAUUUCCGAUCCCAUAAGCGUGUCGACGGGGCCUUCAGGAGACCUCUUUUCCCCUUCUUCGUCCUUCUUGCUGUCCAGAAGUCCCUCUGACUCGGGAUUCUCCUCGCCGUCGUCGUCGAGAUCGUCCACUUCGUCAGACACGCCCACGCCCCCUUCGUCUCCGCCACGCCCCUGUACGCCCUGCCCGUCGCACGUGCUCACCCUCUCUCUAGAACCCAGCUUGACGUUCUCGACCAAAGUAUCCCCAGAACCCAACGCUGACGCAGACGUACGGGUUACAAUUUCGCCGUCAGAGACAAAUGUUCUUUCGUGUACCUCUCAGCCUUGUGAGGACCUGUAUGUCGCAUCGACGAAGGAUAUUUCUCCAUGUGAUAUUGUCUCCAUUUCUUCACUGAAAGGGACGUAUAUAACGAUCCCAGACGCAAAGGCAUCCCCUUCACACGAGUCUUUAAGAAUAUUUGACAAACAGUGUACAAGUGACGAGAGCUCCUUCUACAUAUAAAUCCUUCACACUAAAAUAUUUCCUGUGAGGAACAGGACACUGGCAUUGUAUGUGCGUAAAAAUGAACACAAAAUCACUCAGGGUUCGAGCUUCAUUCUGAUUCGAAGCUUCACUUAAUUUGAAUCUUAAAAUUCUUACAUGCUGUUUGAGUAUGAAAUCACUCAGGGUUCACGUUUCAUUUGAUUCGAAGUUUCGGUUCAAUUCAGAUCUUGAAACUUGUGUUCUGUUUCUUCGCGUGUGUUACAGGAGUGGCCUGAGGUGCUAAAGAACAAAUGUUUGUUUUUUUGUCUAGUCUUAACAAAUCGUUCCCCGAAGUAGUGGCUCAUGAAGCUGCUUUUUUCCGAGUCUUAGAAUGUCGGUGUAAAUAGGUCUGUAAAUGCUCAUGUAAGGCAAAUUCUAUUGUUAAUUAGAAAGCGAAAUUUUGUAAUUGAGAAUGUACAAUAACAUGACUCAUCAGAAGGGGAAUGUUAAAAAAGGAAAACAUGUCAAAAUAACUAUAGCUCAGUUACCAUGUCUUCCUUAUACUCAGAGAAAAAAAAUAGUCAGUGCCUUAGUCAUAAUAUAAAUUUGUUAUUGAAAAUGUUUUUUGUUAUAUAUAGACGUAGCUGUUGAGGAUUUAUAUUCCGAUGGAAUUUCAUGUGACCUUACGCCUUAUAUAAAGGUGACUGUUUUUUGUAUAGAUUUGUAUAUAAACAAUGGAAAAAAUAAUAAACCUAAAAGUUUAGGAAUUUACACAAGAUAUUGACGUGCCAAAGAUACAAGUUGUAUUAUAUUCAAAUAAAGAAUG